UCAUGUACCUGGGGCCAGCAAACAACAACAGAGCGAGCACAGCUCUAACAUUCUUUCUGGAAGCAGUGGAGAAAUAUGGUUGGCCUUCCAGGGUCAGAGGUGAUGAAGGUGUUGAAAAUGUGAAAGUAGCUGAAGCUAUGUUCAGCGUGAAAGGCACUGGAAGAGGUAGCUUCAUAGCUGGAAAGAGCGUUCACAACCAAAGAAUUGAGCGACUGUGGCGAGAUGUCUGGGUCAGCGCCACUCAGCUGUUCUAUGAGGUGCUUCACAGUCUUGAGGAAGACGGCCUGCUGGAUUUGUCCAAUGUUGUUCACCUGUUCUGUGCCCACCAUAUCUUCAUCCCGCGUUUGGCCAACACCCUCCAUACCUUUGUAGAGGCAUGGGAUAACCACCCUUUAAGGACUGAGGGUGGACUCACCCCCAACCAACUCUGGGUUUUGGGGCACAUGACUGAUGUGGAAGCUGAAGAAUCUGAGUAUUUACAGAACCCAGAGAUGUUCGGGACAGACUGGGAGUCAUUUGGUCCGGUCUCAAAUGAUUUUGGCGUUCGAGUCCCAGAAUAUGAGUGCCCCAUUGCUCCAGCUGCAAUGGAAGCCGUGAGGUCUAUUAUCAAUCCUCUGGCAGAUUCUGCAUCAUUUGGGAAAGACCUGUAUGUCACCAUGUUGCAGAUUGUUACAUCUACCGGUAAUUAGUAUUACAAUGUUUUCACUCAAUGUAAAUAAAACUUGAGUAUA